AAUUUUAUACUCUAAGAAGAAGAAGAAGAAACAAAGGACAAUUUUACCCCUAAUCUUAACGUCUAAAUAACACAAAUGUGACGGAAGGACCAAUGGUGGAACAAAUUUGAUAGUCAAGAGUUUAUUUCGUUCAAAUUAAAAGACGAGGACCAAUUUUGAAAAGAAAUUAGUGGCAAAUUGAGUGAAAUUUUUGCGCAGCUCCAUUACUCUGCCCAAACCCUAUUAUAGCCACCAGGUAACCACCUCCUGUCCUCUUCCAUUCAUAACUCAAAACCCCUAAAACCCUGAGCCGAUAAGCUUAGUUAUUUCGCUCUGGGUCCUAUUGAAUCCGGGCAGCAAGAAAGAUUGAAGCUUUCUCCAGUGUUUGAAAAUUCACUUGUUAAUUUUACAAUUUAACGAGUAUUUAUAGUGUGUAGCUCUUGAAGUGAGGCUAUUAAUUGGAGAUUGCUGAGAUAAAGAGCUAAUGGGCACGUCCCAUUUUUCCAUAAUAUAUUGCCAUGUACUCUGUUCAGUCUGUUGUUCUUCUUGGUCAAAAGAUCAUCCAGAGCUUCCCUCGUUUUAGCAGUUUUUCGAGUUUUUUGUGUACUCAAACGUUUAACAGCGAUGAUGUCUUAAACGGGUUAGGAAGCUUUGAGGAGGAGUAUUUGAAAGAAAGCUGGAAAUUUCCGAAUUUUGAUUAUAACUUUGAAGAGAGUUCAAAAUACUCUGAUCAGUCACUCGGUUUCAUGGGAGGUCAUGGCUUUCCUGAAGGAAAUUCCCAACAGAAAUUUUCCACCAGGAGCAAUUUCAUUAAUGAUGCAAAAAGUGAUGCUCGGCGGAUUCUUGAAGUUGUUUAUCAAGAUGGUCCAGGGUUUGAUACAAAAGCAGCUUUAGAUGAUUUGCAAGUUAGGCUUUCUGGCCUUCUAGUGAGGGAGGUUCUUGUAGGGAUACUGAAAACCUUAAAUUAUGCAGAUAAGAGUAGGUGUGCCAAGAUGGGGUACAAGUUCUUUUUAUGGUCAGGUCAGCAUGAGAACUACAAGCACACAGCAAAUUCAUACCAUUUACUCAUGAAGAUUUUUGCAGAGUCAGAGGAAUUCAAAGCCAUGUGGAGAUUAGUUGAUGAGAUGAUUGAGAAAGGUUACUCAGUUACUGCUCGGACUUUUAACAUAUUGAUAUGUACUUGUGGUGAGGCAGGAUUAGCUAGAAAAGUAGUUGAGAAGUUUAUUAAGACAAAGAUAUUUAAUUAUAGGCCGUUCAAGCUUUCAUUUAAUUCAAUUUUACAUUCCCUUUUGACUGUAAAACAGUACAGGUUGAUUGAGUGGGUGUAUCAGCAGAUGCUGGAUGAAGGCCAUUCACCUGAUAUGCUAACAUAUAAUAUCCUCCUGUGUGCAAAGUACAGGCUGGGAAAACUGGAUCAAUUUCACAGAUUGCUUGAUGAAAUGGGAAGAAAUGGCUUUUCACCUGAUUUUCAUACCUUCAAUAUACUACUUCAUGUCCUUGGUAAAUGGGACAAACCACUAGCAGCUCUUAAUCUUUUGAAUCACAUGAAUGAAGUUGGUUAUGAUCCUGGCAUUCUUCAUUUCACGACUUUGAUUGAUGGGCUCAGUCGAGCAGGCAACUUGGAGGCAUGCAAAUAUUUUUUUGACAGGAUGAUACAAGGGAUUGUGCCUGAUGUGGUGUGCUAUACGGUAAUGAUAACUGGAUAUGUCACGGCUGGUGAACUUGAUAAAGCCAAGGGAUUAUUUUCUGAUAUGGUUAACAAGGGGCAGCUGCCAAAUGCAUUUACCUACAACUCCAUAAUCCGUGGGCUUUGUAUGUCGAGGAAAUUUGAGGAGGCUUGUUUGAUAUUGAAAGAAAUGGAAUCAAAGGGUUGUAAUCCAAAUUUUCUUGUGUAUAGUACACUAGUGAAAAACUUGCAGCAUGCUGGAAAGCUCUUCGAAGCUGAUCGAGUGGUGAGAUAUAUGGUGGAAAAGGGGUGCUAUAUUCCGCUUGUAUCAAAAAUCAGAAAAUAUAAAAGAUGUUGAAGGGAUACAAUCCACCAACUUUUAGGCAGAAUGAAAUUGUUAUUUGGAUAUGGGGAAUGGAUUUUGUUCUCUAUUUUCUCAUACUAAGCAAUGGAUCCGAAUCAAUUAUCUGGAAUCUCAAAUCCAUUCUGCACUCUUUCCUACACACCAAGUGAAUCCAUUGUGUAGGUUUAUCAUUUAUGUGGAGAGCACAAACACGGAUAAUGUUAGGUACUUCACUAUGCCCUGCUAUUGUUAUCCAAUACAUUGUAAUGAUGAAAACGAGAGAGUAGAAAAUUUGUUUCUAAUGUUGGUUCUAUCCAGGAAAAUAUUAUAUACUCCGUAUUUGUUAUAUUAUAUAGUAGCAUUUGGAUAUAUAGGUUCUGGGAGGUUCUAGCACACUGUAUGGCAUCACUCUGUUACCAAAGACAUUUCUGAAAGCCCAUGGAGGCAAGGACUAUUAAAUGAAGUGAAAAGGUGGACUGAGACUUUUUUAAUUCUCUUAUUAAAUGCCUCUAUGACAUGCUAGAAUUCCACAGGUGUACCUUAUACAACAAUGAACACUAUACUCAUCUAUUAUAAAAGCAAGAUUAUCUUCUUUAGAAAUCAAAGUCCAAAUGGCGUUCUCUUUGGUGUUGGUUAUAAAUAAAAAGGAAUAAUAAUGUACAUUUUGUUGUGUUCAUGCACACAUAUUACUGACUAGAAGUUCCUCAAAAGCAUUGGCUAGUGUGUUGUGUGCCUGUGUAUGCUGACACUCUUGGCCUCUUGUGCAUUGUAUGCUGACACUCUUGGCCUCUUGUAGUCUUGUGCAUAGAAGCUUUACCAGGGAGAAUAUUUGCAGAGUAUACAAUAGAUGACAGAUGCUUGAAAUGUGAAAUGAUAUAUGAGAAUGCUGCCAUGUGUCCUCCAUCACCUUCUGCUUUGGUUACUUAAUUGGACUUUGAUGAGGAACAAUAAUGGAAGGUUGAAGAUGUGGCACUGCUGUAAGAUUCAAAUUGAGAGAGAAAGAGAGAGAGAGAGAGCAUACCAUAUAUAUCAGCAGCCGCUUCAAUGGCUUUCUGCUUUGUCUUGUCAUCAGUCAUAGUGAGCACCUUAAGCACCACUUUCUGCAGCAUGAAUUAAUAGCAAAAGAAAAAAUUAAAAAAGACUGAGAAAGGAAUUCUAAAAACAUUGUGUAUAUGGCUGGUAUAUUGAAAAACUCUACCCUGUACCUGAGCCAUUUGAGUAUUUGAGAAGUCGAGGACGGACUUGUGGGCGAUACAAAAAAUAAAUGAAUGAAGAAUCUUUCUUGAUAUAUAGGUGAUGUCAUACAACGUGGUUUUGCAUUUGGUGGAGGGGGACCCAAAGGAUAGGAUGCGUCAUUUUGAGUGGUACUGAAGAGUGAAGACAUAUUGAACACGAGAGUAAUUUUCUUGUGGAUUUUACAUUUAUCUCUUUCCGCCUCUAACUUUAGAAAGACAACCAUAUUAAGCGUUAUACUAUAUAUAUACUCUCAAUUCUUAAUUUCUUAUUCUCCAUUUUUACUCA